ACUCAUGUGUUUAUAUAGAGAAUCUGAAUCGUUAGUCACUUCUCCUCGUAGACGUUGUUGCUCGUGGUAAGGAACUUGAACGAUCGUUCUGAGAAGAAUGCGUAUGUUAGUAAACCAAAAUUAUACUUGUUCAAAUAUAGAAAUGGGCCUUUUUCGUUGAAAGCCGAUUAAAUUAAACUGGGCUGAGUAGCUCAACCAUAAUUUAAGAGUCGAGGCUCGUGGAAACAGGGUGAGGUGCCCGCGAAAACUGCGUGCAAAGGAGCACCUGCAACGUGGCGGGAGAGACACUCCACAUGUCAGAAGAAACCACAACUUUAGAAAAAAAACGAUUAUAUUAUUUUUUAUUUUUUCUUCUGGCUCUGCAUUGCUAGCCGUCUUUCAGGUGCUCUGCUCCACUUACCUUUAAUCUUCUUCAGUCAACGCCACUCUCAACUCGCAAACUCAUUCGCAAUGCUCAGAUUAAACGCUAACUACCGUUUCUUUCCCAAGACACCUCAUCGGGUUUGCAACAGAAAGCUCGGGAAUUACUAUGAUUCUUCGUCCAUCUUUAAACAUGGCGGUGUUGGCGAUGAUGGUAAUAAGAUGAAGAAGGAGCAGAUGUUUCUAAGCGUUUCAGUGAAAGCAAUGAAGGAAGAAGGUAACGGAAGUGGAAGCAUGAGUUUCUCUGGACAAAGCUGGGAUCCCAGUUCUGAGAUACAAGUCCCUUCCGACCAAAGACCUGUGAACGAGUAUUCGUCUUUGAAGGAAGGGAUGUUGUAUUCAUGGGGAGAAUUGAGUCCAACUCAAUUCUUUCUUCGUAUAGGUGGUCUUUGGUUGGUCACUUUCACUGUUCUGGGUGUUCCCAUCGCAGCUGCUAGCUUUAAUCCUUCCAGAGAGCCUUUGAGGUUUGUUAUAGCUGCCGGGACGACUGGAACCUUAUUCCUGGUUUCAUUGAUUGUCUUGAGAAUUUACCUUGGAUGGAGCUAUGUUGGAGAUAGAUUACUUUCUGCAGUUAUUCCGUACGAAGAGAGCGGAUGGUAUGAUGGCCAAAUGUGGGUGAAGCCACCUGAGGUAUUGGCUCGGGACAGGUUGUUAGGUUCUUACAAGGUGAAGCCGGUAAUCAAAAUGCUCAAACAAACAUUAAUUGGAACAGGAGCUUUACUCGUUUCAGCAUUCGUACUAUUCGUCUUUGCAACACCAGUCAAGGAUUUCUUUAAAACCACUCUAAGUUCUAAGGAUGAGGUUUCUAUUUCAAGAACCAACAACAACAAAUUCAGUAUGAGGAAAGAACAAUUGCUUCGGUUACCCACAGAUGUAGUGACCAAUGACGACUUGGCAGCCGCUGCGGCUGAGGCUGCUGAUGGAAGACCAGUCUAUUGCAGAGACCGUUACUACCGUGCAUUGGCCGGUGGUCAGUACUGCAAAUGGGACGAUCUUGUUAAAUAGUUGUCAAAAUAUAGUAUAACAACACUAUCCGUUUUCUCAGUUUUGAUUAAACUGGCUUAGUAAGCCUAAAUCAUCACUAAAUACUGAGUUAUACACACACAUGAUUAUUUAA